GUUGAACCUCUACCCUCCCUCCAAUGGUGCUAAGCUGGAGAUGCAGAAGCUCGUGCUUCGUAUGAAUCCUCCCAGGGUUACUGUUGACAAUGAAGACGACAAGAACACGACUCGGAUCAAGGUGGAAAGCUCGAAUAAAAGGGGAACCUUGCUGGAAGUGGUGCAAGUUCUUAACGAUCUAAAUCUCAUAAUCAAGAAAGCCUACAUUUCCUCCGAUGGCCAGUGGUUUAUGGAUGUUUUUGAUGUUACGGAUUCAUAUGGCAAUAAGGUCCAUGAUGUCGAAGAUCGAAUCGCCGACCGGAUUCAACAGGUGUUGGAGCAACGAGAGUGGAACUUCUUGAUGGAGUAUUCGAUCGACAUGGACAUGGACGUGGGCUUGGGCGUCGACGUGGAAUGUGUAGCCGAGUACACAACAAUCGAGUUGAUAGGGAGAGACCGGCCGGGGUUGCUUUCGGAGGUAUUCGCCGUACUCACCGAUCACCAAUGCAACAUCGUCGGCGCGGAGGUGUGGACGCACAAUUCGAGGAUGGCCUCGAUUUUGUGCAUCACCGACGCCGCGAGCGGGCUCGGGAUAGGCGAAUCGGAUCGCAUCGACAACAUCAAGCAACUCCUCCAUCACGUCCUUAAAGGCAACCACGAGUCGUCGCAGGGCGCGAACAUGGCCGUGAUGCCUGUCGAAGCCACGGCUACGAUGCACGUGCACAGGAGGCUGCAUCAGAUGAUGUACGAGGAUCGCGACUUCGACAACCAGAACUCGGUCGUCGAAGCGCGGUCCAAACCAGUCGUGAAGCUCGAAAAUUGCAACCAGAAAGGGUAUACUCUCGUCAACAUGGUCUGUCCAGACCGCCCUAAGCUGCUGUUCGACACCGUCUGCACGAUCACGGAUAUGGAAUACGUGAUCUUCCAUGGCGCCAUUGUCGCCGAAGGACCCGAGGCUGAGCUGGAAUAUUACAUAAGGCACUCGGACGGCGGAACCGUCAGCUCCGAGGCUGAGAGGCAACGCGUGAUUAACUGCUUGGAAGCGGCGGUGAAGAGACGAUCGUUCGAGGGUAUCCGGCUCGAGCUCUACGGGAACGAUAGGUUGGGGCUUCUCUCGGACGUGACGAGGAUAAUGAGGGAGAACGGUUUAUCGGUGACUCAAGCCGAAGUUAGGACAAGGGACACCAGAGCGAUGAAUGUUUUUUAUGUGACGAAUGUGUCGGGGGGCGGGUAUAUGAAAAGUGAAACUAUUGAGGCUAUAAAGAAGGAGAUUGGACUCUAUGUGAGCGACGAAGCGCUCGACUCGUCGUGGGUGAGGCCCGAGCGCGCGUCUCUCGGGAACAUCUUGCUUUCGCGAUCGUCGCGAUUGCUACAAAAUUUGGGGAUCAAUAUAUCGAGAUCGAGGAACCUUUGUUGGUCAUGAAUCUGGCAACAAAGAAUGAUCCUCCUAUCUUGAUGAUCUUCUAAGGAACUCUUUCAUUUCUAAACUCUUUUCUCAAGUGUUUCAUAGACAACAUUCGAACUUUUAUGUUUGUAUGUAUUGAUUAUGUAUGUUUGUGUUUGUAUUUUACAUUUGUUGCUCUGA